UCUCAACGCAAGCAGCCUCGGCUUCGCCUAAAGGAAAGGCGGGCUAUCGCUUUUCAGCCUCUCUCCCCGGCAUGUGGGCGUGUUUCUAGGCCGGGGAAGGCGGCGGGAGCAGCGGCCUCCGCCACCAUCUCCUCUUUCGCUUCCCUCCGCCUUCCCCUCAAGUUUGUGUGUUUUCAAAAGCAGAGCAGAGCCUCCCCGCCGGAGUCCCGCCUUGGCAGCCAGGCUGCGAGGCACGGCGGGAGGAGCCCGCACUUCCCCGAGGCGCGAGCCAUGACGAGCCGGAGGCGGUGGAGGUGGCGCUGGCAGCACCGGCGCUUGGCCCUGGGCUUGGGGCUGUACACGCUGCUGCUCCUGCUGCUGGUCUCCUACAUGCUGGACUACGGAGCCAGGAGGGGGCGCGCGGGCGAGGAGGAGCUGCUGCUGCUGCCCCGCCGCUGCCCCAGCCUCGAGGAGGCGCUCGGCGAGUGGAGCUGGGACGAGCAGCCGCCAGGAGAUGCCUCCCAGGGGGCGGCUGGCGCCCGGGGAAACGGCACGGGCAGCGAGGCCGCCGCCGCCCCGGGAAGCAGGGCUGGCGGGAAGCGGCAUGUCUACUUGCACGCCACUUGGCGCACGGGCUCGUCCUUCCUGGGCGAGCUCUUCAACCAGCACCCGGACGUCUUCUACCUCUACGAACCCAUGUGGCACCUGUGGCAGGCGCUCUACCCGGGCGACGCGCUCAGCCUGCAGGGUGCCCUGCGGGACAUGAUCCGCUCGCUCUUCCGCUGCGACUUCUCCGUGCUCCGCCUGUACGUCGCUCCGCCGGCCCCCCGCGACCCCCUGGCGCCCUUCCCCGCCCCUGCUGGGGGCAAGGCGAGCAACCUGAGCACGGCCAGCAUCUUCGGCUGGCGGACCAACAAGGUGAUCUGCUCGGCACCGCUGUGCCCCGACGCGUCCCGCGCUCGGGCCGAGGUGGGUCUCAUCGACGGCGCUGCCUGCGAGCGGAGCUGCCCACCGCGGGCGCUGCGGGAUCUGGAGGCCGAGUGCCGCAAGUACCCGGUGGUGGUGAUCAAGGACGUGCGGCUGCUGGAGCUGGGCGCGCUGCUGCCUCUGCUGCGGGACCCGGAGCUAGAUUUGCGGGUCAUCCAGCUCUUCCGCGACCCCCGCGCCGUCCACAAUUCCCGCCUCAAGGCCAAGCAGGCGCUGCUCCGGGAGAGCAUCCAGGUGCUGCGGAGCAGGCACCGCGCCGAGCCCCGGGGACUCCCCCGACGGCAGCUCCUGCCGCCCCCUGCCGCCGCCGCUGCCGCUCUGCCCGGGGGCGGCGGCAUCCGGGCGCACCAGCAGCACCGAGCCGAAUUCUUUCUGGGCGGCGCCCUCGAGGUGAUUUGCCAGGCCUGGCUGCGCGACUUGCUCUUCUCCCGCCGCGCCCCGGCCUGGCUGCGCGCCCGCUACACGCAGCUGCGUUACGAGGACCUGGUGCUGGAGCCGCGCGCCCAGCUGCGCCGCCUAUUGCGCUUCACCGACCUCCCAGCGCUGCCCGCUCUGGAGAGCUUCGUGCUCAACAUGACCCGCGGCGCCGCUUACUCCUCCGAGCGGCCGUUCCUCAUCUCCGCCCGCGACGCGCGAGAAGCCAUCCACGCUUGGCGGGAGCGGCUGAGCCGCGAGCAGGUCCGCCAGGUGGAGGACGCCUGCGGCGAGGCCAUGAAUCUCCUCUCCUACCCGCUUAACGGCGCGGACGGCGAGCAGCGGCAAGAGGACGCCAGGGGGCGCCCAAGCGCUCCUCAUCAGCCAGGCUAAUAAACCAGCAGCUGAUUUGUAACAAGAUACGGACAAGGAAGUAUGCAUUGCGUAUACACUGGAAAUGGCAGUGAACAGCAACUUGGUUCAGCAUGUCAGAAUGAACAUUGAAUACCUUUAAUGGAGUGGACAUUAUUAUAAAGAUUACUUCAAGUUAAGAAACAGACAUGGUGCAAUAUGAAUAAUUGUGUCUUUCUGCUUGUGAAGUACUUUAUCUUCCAACUUGAAGCUGCCAGUGUGUUUUCAGUUCUUGCUACUGCUGGUUCCAAUAAGAUUUAUCAGCACAUGGACAGAUUUGUCAGCACAUGGAUACGGGAAGAGGAAUAUAGAAGUGUGUGGUUUGUUGAUGGACUCGUACUCUGUUUCACAAUCACUGUUUAAAUGUCCUAUUAAUCUCAUGUAGGGAGAACUUCAGACACAAUGCCUGAGAGAUUCAUGAGUCCAUUAGAGAAGAUACAUAUUCAAUUGUUGAUGUGAGGCAGUAGUUUCCCACCUAUUCCAAUAUGCCUUUUUCCACUAACAAAGGACUUGCUUUUAUGUUUUUUAUUGUAUUUGUCCGGUCUUGAUUUCUGCAUUCAUCUUUCUCUCUUUUGGAAACUUAAAAAUUGACAAUGGUGCCAGUGUAGUGAGAGCAAAAGGUGAACAGAUCCAUGUCCUUUCUAUCUUUCUAACUCUUUGGUUUGUUCCCCUGUUAAACCUAAGCAAGGGACAGUAUUAGUCCUCCUCCUCUUACAAGAGGGAGAUCAAAAAGUCUAUGCCUGGGAUCACGAGAUCCAUGUGGACACAAGUUCUAUGAAUGGAGGGCUUCAAUGAACUGGGCAAUAUCAUGCGGGAAAGCUGGAAGGAUCCAACUCUAUGUAUUCUUAGUAGAAGCAUAGUUCUGAAUUAAGAUGCACUCACCUCCCAUGAAGCUGUAGCGGAUGGGUAUUAACAUGACCUUCAAUAUGGUAGAGUUCUUUAAGAUUCAUACUAUAUAUCUAUGCCCGCUCUGGAAACACCACCUGUGGGCACCUUCCAGUGUCUUCCCAUGAAAGUCAAGUACACUCCCACUAGUAGGUGAAAACAGUGCUCUCGGCUUUCUGCAUAUGACCAUCUGUUGGAAACCACUGAUCAACUGAAAAGCUAUAUUUAUUUUAACAGGACAUGUACAUGACACAGCAAGCAAAACCCAUUAAUUUUCAGUAGUAGUUGAAAAGAAACCAUACUGCCAAAACACAAUAAUCAAAUUUAUUUGCGAUCCAGAAUAAUCUUGAGAUCAUUUGGUGCUAGGAAUUGGAACAUUGUGAUUUCUGUCAGACUGCAUCUGCAUUUCUGAAAUAAUGCUAUUAUAUUAAUUUGGAAAAGGGGGCAAACUGUAAUCUGUCCUUUGAGUGAAUAUUGAAAAAGAAAGACUGCUGUAACUCAGAAAGGCUGCUGCUAAAUCCAGAUUUGUAAGAGACGUUUACAUUUCUAAGCAGGGUUGUACUGGAUCUCCUUGGUUUGUGCAAGCACAAAUUUGCAGUCAUGAGGGCCAGGGUUGUUGUUCUUUUAUUAUACAGAGUUACUUCAUAGCAUGCCUGCUACAUGCUCACCAAAGAUCCUGGCUGGGCUUUUAAUUAAAUUAUGGAAGAUGGUCUCUUCUUGGCCUGGCUGUUCCCAUGUUACUGCUGUGCGUUUCAGAAGUUGCAAUAGAAAGUUUAGAAAGCAGAUGAUUUAAUGUCUAGACUAGUGGUCUAGGCUGCGACAAAUGCAUUUGUUGUGAAUCCUCAUCUUUGAGGUAUUCAAAAGGCCAUAUUCUCAGCAUGCUGAAAGUGUGUCAAUUACUGCUGUUUUCAAGUGAGAUGUUCAAGUUAACUCAGAAUAUACCUCAUAGGAGAGGCAGCACAGGACCCACAAACUGCAUUAGAACUGGAGCCUGGAAGCACUUUCAGCUCUGAGUGUUCACAGCUAAAUCAUGUGCCUGUUAACACUUUAUUACCUUUUGAUGAGUGGAAAUCACUUUUAUCUUAGUGCGUUUGUAGCCCUGGACUCAGAACAUGAAAGGGACUGCUGAUUUACUACGGUGAUAUGAUGACAACAUGAAGGAACUCCACAUAUCAACAAGUGAGAAGAACCCUAAUUCAAAACCAUGGAACAGGUAUUACUUGAUGUUCUAUCAGCACCAAAUUUGCUACUUGUUAUUUCAGUAUGGCAGAACAGAAUAUAAUUUC